UCAACCACGGCGACCACCAUGGCCUCGCCCGACACUCUCCGCUCCCGCUCGCCCUCGUCGUCCAGCACCUCGUCCAACACCACCAUGAACGACGCUCCGCCCUCCACCCCCAUCCGCCCGCGCCCCCAGUCGCAAACCACGUCCACCAUGGCCCGCAGUUUGGAGCCCGCCUUCCGCUUCUUCGAUUUGCCUCAGGAACUGCGCGACCGCAUCUACACGUACGCUCUGGUCUCGCCCUAUCCCUUCUGGUGGCCCGCCGCAUCCACCCCCAAGCACAAUGUCGCCCUCAGUCUGCUGCGCGCCUCGCGCCAGACCCACGACGAAGCCGCGCCUAUUCUCUAUACCCACAACAAAUUCCUAUUCACCCACCCGAGCGACUGCAACAUGUUCCGCGUCAUCGCCUCGCCUUACUCGCAGCACAUCACCACCGUAUACCUGCGAAUCCGCGAGAAAGAGAUGGGCUUGUGGACCAGCUACCUGAGCUCCACCAAGGAAGAGCGCAGCCUCAAGCACGACCUGCCCAACCUGAAGACGCUGUGGGUCUUCCUGCGUUCCGGCUCUCUGGGCGCCAAUCCGCUUAUGAUGGGAGGUGCACUGGGCGGCCUCAUAGCUGCGGGUGGGGGCGUCGCAGCCGCCGCAGGAGGAGGAGGACUCGGAGGACAUGUGCAGCAUCUCAACCCCGCCCAGCUGGCCGCCCACAUGCACAAUGUCCAACAGAACCUCGGUGGUCAGAUAAACCACCAAUUGACUGCCUUCCACCAGCAGAUCCACAAUCAGAUCCAGGCCCUGCACAAUCAAGUCCACAAUGCUCUCGGCCAGGGCAGUCCAUUCGCUGCCGCCCUUCAGAUGCAACACCCCCUCCCACCACCUGCUCCCCUCACUCCGCAUAAUGUCGCAAACGCAAUGGUCCCGCCUGUCCCUCCUCCGCCCCCUCCUCCCCCCGCGUACCCCCAGCAAGCCAUGCACCCGACGACAUUCACUGCACUCCCACAUCCCUAUCCGCUGUUUGCCUCUUUCCUCCGCUGGGAGCGCGAACUCGGACUUGACCAGCUCUGCCUUUCCCUCCACGAAACUUGUCCCCCAACCGCCGACGUCAAGAUUGUGGCUAUUGUCAAACUGCCAAAAGCCGAUGUCACCCGUCUGCUCGAGACGUACCCGGAUGAGCUGAGCGCGGAUCGAAACGGCGAUCUGAGGACACGGUUCCGAAGAGUUAGAGGCUUGGAUGUUUGUCUCGAGGUCAGUGGCGUGGAGCCUGCUUCUGCUGUUGGUGUAAAUGCUUGAUU